AUGAGUUUCCAGCAAGGUUUAUUGUCGAGAUGCUCCAGCGUCCUUAGACACCGCGUGGGGCAUUCUCGCCAUAUCAAUAAUAUUCUCUAUAGGCAUGCCAUCACGUUUGCAUCCAUCGCUCCACGAAUACCAAAGUCGAAAUUUCACACUUCCGCAAUCAGAAACGAUGAAGCGUUCAAGGACCCGUACGAUACUUUGGGCUUGAAGAAAUCUGCCACCGGCGCAGAAAUCAAAAAAGCCUACUACAAACUGGCAAAGAAGUACCAUCCGGAUAUCAACAAGGAGCCGGAUGCCGAGAAGAAGUUCCACGAUUUGCAAAACGCUUAUGAAAUUUUAUCGGAUGAAAGUAAGAGGCAGCAGUACGACCAAUUUGGACCUGCUGCCUUUGGCGGCGGCGAUGCCGCCGGAGGCCCCAGUGGAGGAGGCUCCCCCUUUGGUUCGCAGUUCCAUGACUUCUCAGGAUUCAGUAAUGCGGGCGGUAGCUCACCAUUUGGCGGCAUCAAUUUCGAAGAUUUGUUUGGUGCUGCGUUUGGUGGUGCUGGCCGCGGCAGCAGCAGCAGCGGCGGCGGCGGCAGUACCAGGUCUUCAUCGAUGUUUAGACAGUAUAGGGGCGACCCGAUAGAGAUUGUUCACAAUGUUUCGUUCAAGGACGCAGUGUUUGGGUCCAAUAACGUCCAGUUGAAGUUUUCCGCACUGGACCCUUGCGGCACCUGUUCAGGGACGGGUAUGAAACCAAACACACACAAGGUCAAUUGUGGCACCUGCCACGGGACAGGUACCACGGUGCACAUCAGGGGCGGGUUCCAGAUGAUGUCGACGUGUCCCACUUGCAACGGUGAAGGUACCAUGAAGCGUCCUCAGGACAGUUGUUCCAAGUGCCACGGGGAGGGUGUCCAGGUCAACAGGGGUAAGACGAUUACCGUGGACUUGCCGCAUGGGUUGCAGGACGGCGACGUUGUCCGGAUCCCCGGCCAAGGGUCCUACCCUGAUAUUGCCGUGGAGGAGGACUUGAAAGAUUCCGUGAAGUUGUCCAGAGGCGAUAUUCUUGUGAGAAUCCGGGUCGACAAGGACCCUAACUUCUCCAUAAAGAACAAAUACGAUAUUUGGUACAACAAGGAAAUCCCUAUCACUACCGCCGCACUGGGCGGUACUGUCACCAUCCCCACCGUCGAGGGACAGAAGAUCAGAAUAAAAGUGGCUCCGGGAACCCAGUACAACCAAGUGAUAUCCAUUCCCAACAUGGGUGUGCCAAAAACGCCGACUAUCCGCGGUGACAUGAAGGUUCAGUACAAGAUCGUCGUUAAGAAACCGCAGUCACUGGCUGAAAAAUGCUUAUGGGAGGCGUUGGCAGAUGUCACCAACGAUGACAUGGCCAAGAAAACCAUGCAACCGGGUGCUGCCGCGGGCGCUACUACCAUUAGCGAGGAGAUGUUGAAGAAACAGAAGCAGGAAGAGGAAAAGCACGCCAAGAAGGACGACGACAACACUUUGAAAAGACUAGAAAAUUUCAUCACAAACACAUUCAGAAAGAUCAAAGGUGACAAAAAAAACUAA